GGUGGUGAAACGUGGGACAUCACGCUGUUCCACUGGCGGUCGGGAUACGGGGGAAGCGCCCGGCACACUGUGUGGUGACUCACCGCCGAGACGGGAAGAAGUGAAAGGAGAGAAAAAAUAACUGCCACUGAUGCUCAUGUCAAUUCCAAUCUUAAGAGGAAUCGACAUGACUCGCGUCCGAGGGCAUUUUCUACAUAUAAAUAGCCAGGGCCCUUGUAUAUAAAGAUUUCAUCUCGAGCAAGAAGAGAAAGAGCUAAACCGGUUUUAGCUGGCGUAUGUGUAUUCCUUGGUAGCCUAAAAACUGUUCUCAAAACCCAUCCACGAGAGUUGAACAAGUUCGUCGAUCGGAUUUUUUUUUUGUCUUUAGGGGUUUAGAGAUUAUUUCCCCGCUACAUUUUCAGCUGGUCUGAAAUUGGGGAGUCUUAAGGGUGUAACACAGACCGGCUGCUCUGCGUGAGAUUUGGGCCGUUCAGUUUCCAUGGCGUUUCUCAUGAAGAAAAAGAAGUUUAAGUUCCUGGUGACCCUGACCCUGGAAGAGCUCUCGGCCGUGCCGUUCGUUAAUGGGAUACUUUUCUGUAAGAUCCGCCUCCUCCACGGUGGAACCUUCACCGACCUAUCCUCCAGGGAAGAGGUGCACCAGAACUGCGUCCGGUGGGGGAAGGAAUCCCGCUUCAUGUGCAAGAUGACUGCCAGCCCAGUGACAGGGGUGUUGGAGCCCAGUAUCUGCCGCCUUUCUAUCCGCAAGGAGCUUAAAGGAGGAAAAGCCUUCAUUAAGCUGGGCUUCGUAGACCUGAACCUGGCCGAGUUUGCCGGUGCCGGCUCCACUGCUCGCUGCUGCCUCCUGGAGGGCUACGACACCAAGAACACGCGGCAGGACAACUCCAUCCUCAAGGUCUCCAUCAGUAUGCAGUUGUUGUUGGGGGAUCCGUGCUUUAAAACACCACCGUCCAGUGCCAAUCUGAGCACGGCCGUGGGGAGCGAGGGAGGUCUGGAAGCCGAUUGCAAAGGCGAUGCCGGGAAGGAGAGGGAGACUCUCCGAAGACCCAACACUCUGAGGCUGCCCAAGUGUCGCUCACUCAUCAUGGGGUCAGAUCUGGACAGUGCAGGUACACCCCCAGAGGAGAGUGUCUACAGCCGGCGGGCAAGGAGCUCCACCUCCAGCUUCGGCAGCCUCUACUCCAAAGUGUCCGGUUAUAGUUCCGAGCACUCACGUUGCCUGUCAGAGCCAACCCGAAGGAGGAAGUUCUCAUCCAGUAGCAGUGGCCUGUCGUCAGGGCCCAGUAGCGCAGCCGAAAUGGAGGCCACCGCCAGGGAGGUGGUCUUCGAGAAGCCGCCUCGCCCUGUUCGACCCCCUGAACGGUUGUCGAGGCGGAAGAACCAGGCCCUCGAGAGUUACCCGUCGUGGAUCAGUGAUACAAGGGUCAACGCGGACGACAUCGUGGAGAAAAUCGUGCAAACUCAGGACUUCACAGACACCAGCAACUCAGAGGAGAGCGGACUACAGCUGUUUGUGGGCCGGGAUGGAUCUACCAUAUUUGGUGGCGUGCAGCUGAGUAACAGGCAUUCUGUGAGUGACUACAUGCCAGUCAUAAUCGGCAGUCGCUGAACUGGAGGACCGUCGUGGGAUCGUGCUGUGCGCUUUUUCCCAGUUCCCGGGCAAGCAUCAUGUGGGGGGUGGAUGCCGACCAGAAGGAGGGCAGGCUGGGGUUGCAGGUACAGCCGGUUCCUUGCCUCAACCAAGUGGGCCAACGGGAAGCUGGGUCUCCUGCUCCCCACCUGUACCUGCAGACCCCACCCAGCCACGAUAGGCUGCUUUCUUCCAGCUCCUGCGCUCCCUGGGCUGGCCUAGGGGGUCGGGGGCCGUGGGUCAAGGGGGGAAUCAUGAUUGACGCUAGGUACAGCAGAUGCUGGAAAUCUGCAGACCAAACACACACACACACACACACUCUAUCUCUCCCUCUCACACAAACACAAAAUCAGACUGUAUCUGGAGGGGAGUAAGCAGUUGAUGUUUCAGGCUGAGACCCUUGAUGAGGAUUGGAAAGAAAAGGGGCAAAAGCCAGAAUAAAAAGCUGGUGGGUCUUUCUCAUUAAUUGCCCAUCAUCAUCUCCCUCUGCUUCCUCUCUGAUCAGAUUCCUUCUUUAGCCCUUUACCUCUUCUACCUAGCAGCUCCCAGCUUCUUCACAUCUUCCCUUCCCCCCCCCCUCCACUUAUUUGAGCUUCUCACCCCCUCUUUUCCAGUCCAAAUGAUGGGUCUCGCCUCAAAAUAUUGACUGUUUAUUCCCCUGCAUCUAUUCUGCCUGACUUACCGAGUUUGAUAUUUUUGUGUGUGUUGCUGAAUGUCUGUGGGAUUCUGGACAAGAGGCCAGAUUUCUGGCCUAUUAACCGGAGACACGGGUUCAGAACCCACCAUGCCAUUUGAGCUAACUCAGUUCAGGAUCAUUUACGUAAAAUGUGUAAUUCUCAAAACACUAAUUUCUGUAACCAUUACCGCAACUGGAUUGCUGGUUUUAAUAACUGUACCGGGUUCACUCCCGAGGCCUGGCUAGAACCUCAGCCACAGUGGUUGAGAGCAAAUUACCUCCUCCCUUGGUCUAGGGGUAAAUGGGGAUCAGAAAUAAAUGUGAUAAUAAUGACCACUUCCCCUUCACCGAGGGACUUAAAUAUAAAUAAGAAUGAUGAAGUUGGAGUGGUGGGGGGGGGGGGGGGUGGUGUUGGUGGGUUGUCCCUUCAGCCCAUCGCCCAAACUAGCUCUUUGGCAGAGCCAUUGAAAUAGUCCCCUUCCACUCCUUGGAGCUUUUUGUCCAAUUCUUUAAGUCAGUGGACUGGAGACAAAAGGAAAACUGUAUUCCAGCAGAAAGGAUCUUACUCCCUCACCCUCCCCCCCCCCCACC